AUGGCGAUAUCCCACCCGUACCCUACCCACUACCAGAUAGGCCGCCCCGUCUACAGCGGCCCUCCUCCGUCGCCACCGAUGGAACACACAAAGUGCACGCUUCCUUCCAUCUCCAACCUCAUCGGUCUGGCUGAUGCUGGGUCCCCCACGCACGAGCACCCUCCUCACAUGGUCUCCCAGCCUCAGCCUCAGCCUCAGCCUCGCUCCCCCCGACGCCUAUCCGCAGGAAGGAGGUCGGAGAGCCGUCCUAGCUCGGGAUACGCCUCGGCAUUUCCCCACCACCCUCGGGGCUUCCCUCCCUCGCCGCCGAUGAGCACCGACACCUCUCUCGAGUCCAGCUCACCUCCGUGCCAGAAGUCGGCUCCCGCUGCCGCUGCCGCUCGCUACGUUCCUCACCACCACCACAACGCCUCGGCACCGGCGGGAUACCACCACGAGACGACGCCUCCGCUCGAGUCGGAUGCUCACCACCAGCACCACCACCACCAGCGCCACUACUCGCACCCCGUGCAGCACCACGACCGCCGCAGCCCGUCGAUGGCCGCGCCCGCGUCUCCCCACCCCCAACAGCAGACCGGCAGCUACUUUCCCCCCCAGACGGCGGCACCGCGUCCGGGACCCGGUCUGGCAUAUCAGCGCCCCCUGCCGCAGUCGUUCCCUCCUGCACCUGCCGCCAGCGUCCCCGUGGCGGCUCCGGCCGCCGCCCCGUCGCCGUCGGCGGCCACGUCGCCGGGCGCCAUCUCGUGGCAGCACCACCACUACCUCAACCCGGCGCCGGGACACCUCUUCCCGCAGAGCCAGGACAGGUACAUCUGCCAGACGUGCAACAAGGCCUUCAGCCGGCCCAGCAGCCUGCGCAUCCACAGCCACUCUCACACGGGCGAGAAGCCGUUCAAGUGCUCCCAGGCCGGGUGCGGCAAGGCCUUUAGCGUGCGCAGCAACAUGAAGCGUCACGAGCGCGGCUGCCACAGCGAGAACAAUAUGAAGAAAUAUUAA